AUGUUUUCGCUACGGAGAGUUACUCCAAGACCCGUGUCACGAUCAUUCGUCAGAGCCAUGUCGUCUCCAUCACAGCAGCCUUCUGUUCGCUUCCAAUACUCUGCUGGAGAAGACGAAGAACAACUGGGUCGCAAUGCCAUUGCUCUCACCAAAGAAGGCGGAGGCAGAUGGAAGGUCACGGACGACAACAGAGGACUCGAGCGAACCUUUCGUUUCAAGACCUUUAAAGCUACCUGGGACUUUAUGAACACAGUAGCAGCUGAGUGCAAGGUGCAAAAACAUCACCCGGAAUGGACGAAUGUCUUCAACAAGACCCAUGUCCGCUGGACUACGCACAAACCUAUGGGUCUGUCGUCAAAGGACGUCCUUAUGGCAAACUUCUGUGACGAGGCCGGGAGCCGUCAUGGCGAGCUGCCAGAAGUGGAAGAUGAUGAUGGAUGUGGUUGCGGUACAUUCAAGUCUUAG